AUGUAUACGAACGGUGGCUCCAGACCAGGCAAGAGUCAGCGCAAUGCUCUCCGUGCAGGUCUUUACCAGCCGCAGAGUGCCAAAGAGCGAGCUUAUGUACAACAUAUGUCCGGCCCACAAACCGAUAGCUAUGUUCCAGAUGAUCGCCUCCAGUCUCGUCCGAGGUCACGGUCUCCGUCGCCUGUUAGCAGAUUCGAGCCACGGUCAAGGAACCAGGAAAGAGAACGUAGUCGCCGUGACACGAGCGAUUAUUACUCGAGAAGACACUCUCGCUCACCACUUCGUCGUCAAAGAUCACGGUCACCCAUGAGGCAUGACGUCCGCAGGCCUGAGCCACGGUCAAGGAACCAGGAGAGAGAACGUAAUCGCCGUGACACGAGCGAUUAUUACUCGAGAAGACGAUCUCGCUCACCACUCCGUCGUCAAAGAUCGCGGUCACCUGGCCGUGAGCCACGUUCACCUUACCGUUCAGGCCGACAGCCUUAUACUCGAUACGAAAUCCACGUGUACAGGUCAAAUUCGCCUCACCCUCUUCGAGGUGUCCCUCGAUACAUGCCAACAGACGAAAGAGAUGAACGAAGAUUGCGUUUAGACCCAAAACGGAGAUCACAGUCACCACCACCGUCCAUCCCUCACAGAGGUGAAGCUGAUCGAGUUUCAGAACGCGGUCGUCAGCCCAUGUGUGAGGCUGAUCGAGCUUCGAGACACAGUCACCCGUCCAGAGUCUCGCCAAUAAAUGUGCAGGCCCCGCCACCUCAACAAGAUGGUCGUUCAGCAAAUCAGACCAGCAAGCUCGAGUCCAUGCAUACGACGCCCGUAGCACAGCAGAAACCGAAGUCUGCUAGUCAUUUCCCUACGCCUCUAUCUCAGCCAUUGGAGCAGAAUUCCGCCGACGUGAUGUCUAGUUACGUGCAGCACUGUGGAACUUCAACAAAUGGGUUUGCUCCGUCUCAAACAUGGGACCAGGAGCCUGAUCCAAACAGCAUGGACGACAGUGCUAACAAUCAACUUGGAGACGACAGUUUCGACCUCGAGCCGAAAGCCAAUGCUAAAGGAGAUGCCUUCGAGACACCCAUCGACGUUGAGAACUACAUCACGGCGUCUAAUAGCUCCAUGUAUGGGAAAGGUGGAUACCUCAAUAUACGAACAUCCAUUCAACACGUUGUUAAACAAGCGUUCCAUGGAUGUGAAGUUGGACGACUACUCAUGAUCUGUCUGAUGUAUAUUGAUAUACACGAGAGCGGAACGAAUGAAAUCAACUUAUCUUUCCGACAAGAUAUGCGUCAUUACACCCCAAUGGCAUGGGGGCUCAUAACAAUGGCAAUGGCCACUCAACUUCAAUAUACGAUGGUCGACACUUUGAUCACCUUCAGUAUUGACGAUGGCGCCAACGUGGACCAUGUCCUUUGGAUACCCUCGUCGACAUUGAUUGGAAUAACCCACAACAUACCCGGCUCCAUGCAAUGGCUGAAAGAUCACCUUACCAGCAAAAUCAGCUGCAUCGCCACGGUUGUCAGCGUAGGCGGUGACCAUUUCGUCGCAUUCCAGUUGGACGUAGGAGGAACCUGUCGAGUGUACGACUCCUUGGAUCGGUAUCAUGCCAACAGCGCCAAAAUGGUACUACAAACCUUAGUCGCUGCGUUGCGCCAGCUUGAUAGUAACACCCAAUGGGGAGAAGCGAAGCCACUGAAACUGAGGUACGAGGAAUGGUACAGGCAGUCUCUAGGCAGCAACGACUGUGGUAUCUUCUCGGCAUGGGCUGUACGCCAAAUACUCGAAGGUCGACCAAUGCAAAUAAGCAAUCCGCCGGCUAUUCAGCUCACGCGUAAGUUCCUAGUCCAGGAUAUCAUUUGUCGGAUUGAGCGCGUCUACAAGCUAUCAAAGAUAUCCCGACCAAAUUGGACGACUGCGUACAAACACGUGUGUUCUCAGCUCGACCGGGAGUCAGGCGAUGACUCAGACGACGUCUUGGACCAACCAAAUGACUCCUACGGUGGGGACGAUGCGCUCGCGAAGCUGGUGCAAAUCGAAGAUGACACCAACGACACUUACGACAAGAGUGACGGCGAUGACAAACUUCGCGACCUUCCGCUUCCAGAACAGGCACACGAUGGACUGCCAACACUCUUUACAGAAUCCGCUGCAUCACUAGCAAUGAUUCCAGGUGUUGACGGAGAAAAUCCAGGCGAACUGCUUGGACCUAUUGAUCGGUCUUCAUACUUCAGGAAUCGCACAUGGAGUCAGGGUGCCCGCUCCAUUGCGGACAUAUUACGAGCGGUGUUGCUAAAAAACCAUAAGUUUAUGUCUAUGACUACUCUGAUCAAGGAAUCAAUUGAGGAGCCGGAUGCCAUAUACAGGGAUGCAUCUUAUCCCAGGGCUUUGGUUCAGAAUCGGCGAUACUUCAACCCUAUCUCAACUCCGCUCGGGACAUUCUAUGAACUCUUGCUGUCGGAAUCUAUGACAAUCUCUCCGCGUCCUAUAGCAUUAUUCAAAUAUGAUAGGAGCCAAAUCACAGACCCCGAGCUCUUGUACAACGAAGCUGUAUCAGAAUUGAAGCUCUACGAUCUGCCAGCUAAGAGGUGUCAAGAAGUCUUCUGGUUGGUAACGAGAUCAAGCGCAUAUGAGUGCAAGAUUCUACCUCAUACAACGUUGUGGACAUGUUAUAAAGCAGCAUUUCCAACACCGCCUCUAGAGCAAAUUGCCCGUGUUGAGCUGCCGCUUAAGGUAGAUCGAAGAUCCGAUACGAAGGAGUACGCACAAUUGCUCGCCCACGAUUAUAUCUUUCUCGCCGAACAUAUCACCCAGCAAAGCAGCCAAAAUUGGCCAGACGACAGGCCAACCGGAAGUGGCGUGAUUGUGAGUGUCCUUGCCUCACAUGGACCAGUGAAAAUCUAUAUCAUAUCGCAAAACCUGGAAAACCUGACCAUCGAGCUCAAUGAGCUUUUCGAGCUUCGGAAAGUCAGAGCUGCAACCUUUGUUUUCCGCCUCGCAUUUAGUCAGGACUUUGUGGAGCUGAUUGGAUUUGAGAAUGUCACCUCUUUCCCAUACUGGUUGGAGUUCACACUUGAAGAGGGGAGAACAGCUUGGAAUAAAUUCAAUCCAGACAAGGGUCUUUACCCAACAAGCGCAGUCGAGAAGCACUUCUACGCUUUGACACAAUUAGCUCACAACAAGACCAAGGUCGCUGUCCGAUGGCACAGCAAGCCAGGUGGAGACCCCAGAUCAACUAAGAUGACGGCUGAGAUGCUCAACGAGAUGCGUGAACUACGCCCAGGGUUCCCAGAUAGCAGACGAUCGAAAACGUCCGGACGCAAUACCCUUUUGCUUGCCAACGGUUCAGACGAAAAAAAGGACGAUAACGAUUUGGACAUAAAUUCUGGUUCUGGCAGACUUGUGCUUGCAGAUGCACCACUUGAGCCUGCACCUAUGAUCGGCCGUGGCGACAGCAAAUCAAAAUGCCUUCCAUGUCGUAAAUCAAAGAGAACGACGUGUGACGGUUCUCAUCGAGGAUGUGCCAACAAUCCUACCUCCAGCCGGAAAAAAGACGCAAGAAAGGUUGCGUGUGCGUCAUGUGGUAAAACAAGGAAAAAGUGUGACGGCAGGGCACCAAAAUGUCUUCACAAUCCCAAAAAUGUGACGGUAGUGUAAAAUGUCCCGCUAAAAGCAAGAUUUGUUGAUUUUUACCGAUCUGUCCGUUUGGGUGCCACCUCAGACCAACCGAAGGCAACCGACACAGGAGCCGGCCAAGCAAAAACCCACGAAAAAAGAGAUUACGAUUAUGCCGACCGUAAAUAUAUAUACAAGAACCGGUUUUACGAGAUAUCAACUUUGGUAACAUGGGAACGUUGAAAGAGGGGAUCUAUCG